AGGGAAACGCCAGCUCUUCAGUAUAUGUUUUGCCGAUUGGUCCACUACCAUUUAGCCCAUACAUAUGUGUGAGUGCUGCUUCAAAUAAAUUUCUACAGAAAGUGUAUCCGCCGCGCGCGCUCAUUUGUUUGCAUGCAGCUGCAGGACAACGGCAGGGGCAGCAACCAUCCGACGUUCAAGUAGACGUGAGUGAAUGAGUGUGAAAUAUUAAAAUUUCACAGAGUGUUUCAUAAAAAUAAACAAUACGGGUUGUUUUUGCGGCGUUCAAAACGUUUGAAGUGUCGUACCAACACAACAGCAACAACAGCAAAAAAUAAGAAAAAACAACAACGAGUACGAGAACUUUACCGAGCAAAUCAAAAUGGAUACGGUUUAUGGUACAAAAAAAUAUUUCCAAAGUUUAUCGGGCGCCAGUGAUAUCUAUCGCAGUCCAGCAUGUCGGGCAGUGUCCAACGAUUACACAUACCAAAACACUCUGGGAAGGCGUUCCACAUUGGGUGCCUAUUAUCACAUGAACAAUCAGCCCUCGUAUAGCACCGACAAUCUCAACACCCAGUAUGGUUACAACAGCUCCUGGGGCAUAUGGAGAGAUGGACGAAACUUGGCACCCUCAACAUUUUCCGCCAAGCCACAUUUGCACUAUCAGAAAACCAGAUCGUUUUCGAUAAUAUUAACCACUGCGGCAUUUAUAGUGCUGCUGGCGGUUAUAUCCAUUGCAGGGUUAGCAUUUUAUUUCAGUUCCAUUAAAGGCAACAUGGAGGACCCUGUUUUGGGUUUUGAGGGUACCUUCCGCAUUGCCAAAGGUGACAUGUUUUCCACGGGUCUCAAAUAUAAUCACACUGCUUCGUAUAAACAGAAGAUUGAGUUUUACAAACGUUUUGUGGAUAGAGCCCUAAUGGACCAGGGUUUGCAGCCCAUGCGAACGGAUGUUUGGGGCUUCGGAGAGGGUCCAUUGAUAAAAGUGAAUUUCCGAGCGUUCUUUGAUGUUAGGAAAUUGCCUCAGAACAUACACAACGUAGAAGAAUACAUAAAAGAGGCCAUCUUUUUGGAAACCACCACAGCCAAAUCGUUGUACAAAACUUUACGUAUUGACUCGGAUUCCGUAGAAGUGAAACGUAUUUUGGAUGAACAAGUGGUUAAAUCGGCUUCAUUGUUUAAGGAUGCGCACACGGUGCCCACGAGCCAGACACAAUUGGAGAAACGUCUUAUGAAGAAGGGAGGUAGCCCACCCGCCCUCAUCAACAAACCCUCUGGAAAGAGCCGCCCAACUCCUAAGCCCCAUUCACCGGAUGAUGAACCUGAUGUCGAUGUUGAAAAUGCACCGGUUAUUCAAGGCUCAUUCGAAGGAUCCUUUGAGAUAACCAAAACAGAUGCCGAUAUAUCGCAACGCAAGAAGACAACUCCCACAAGAGCCUAUGGACAUAGCAGCAGCUUGGCCCCCAAAACCGUGACGCCAUAUGCCCUCAGAGUGAAACCCAAAAAGCCAGGAAUUGAGAAGCUGACAACAAUUAUGCCACAAUCUCUGCCAGCUACCAGUAGAAUGACUACCACAAGCAGUAGCAGUACCACUACCACAACAACAUCGACUACCACGACGACAACAACAACCACACCAGCUCCCACCACAAGGAGCACCACAACUACAACAACCACCACAGCGAGACCAACCACAACUACAUCGAAGCCAACAACCAGCACAACCCCUUCUACCACAACAACAACAUCAUCGACUUCAACAACAGCAAAGCCAACCACCACCACCACCAGGCUGCCAACUUCCUCUGUUCCGCUCAAUCAUUUCACGUACCCCUCAAUUAUAUCUUCCUCCCAUCCACCUCAAAUGCUACCAAAAUUAGAUCAAAAUCUCUUCACUUCGGUGCCAGUUUUGGAUACCCAGCCCUGGAGACCAAUUCACCGUGAGGUGCCCGAAUUUUUGCCUGGUCCACCACCUUCCUUCCCAACGAAGACUCUACCUUCGGUAUUGCAGUCAACACCUCUGCCACCCAUCGCCAUUAAUGAGGAACCUCCCCGGAGACGAAUUGAUGAAAUUGAAUUACCUUUCCUACCCGAAGAACCCAGACCACCAAAACCAGCUCUGGAUCCUUACACACCCAAUUUCUUUGGACCGGCCUAUAGGAAGCCAGAAAUGUCAAGCGAGACUAAAAAUCCCCAUGACAUGAUGUUUUAUCACAGCUUUGGCAAUCCGGUCUUUAUGCCAGCAUCGGAAAGUAUUGAACGUUUGGGAGUUGGAUCCUCCGUGCAGCCACAUCCAUUGCCCGUUCCUUUGAUCGAUGAUGUGGUAAUACCACCAUUUAAACCGCUAACACCUGGCUUGACUUCACAAAACAAAUUGCCUUUUGAGAUUCCAAAUGCAAAUGAUAAAUUCGAACAUUUAGGCGAUGGAAUACUGGCCAAGAAACCGGAAAAUAUGACUCAAAACUCCAAUGAAAGCAUUGAUAUGCCCACAACAACCACAUCAACCACCACAACCACUCCUGCAACGAUAGUACCCACAAAGGCUAAAGAACAAUUUGAACCAACUAUCAAGCCCAUACAAGAUGAGAUGGAUAGUUCCUCUGUAACAUCUGAACUGGCCGAUAAGAUUGGGGAAUUCUUUAUGGACUGGCUAGACUUGCCCAAGGAUGAGGUAAAACCCAAACAAGAACAGCCCUUGGAAUCUCGCAUUGAGCCGGAAGAAGAUUCAUUUACUGUGUCAAGUAAAGAAACUGAACUGGAGUCAGCAUCAAGUGAGCUUUCGAGCACCACAAACUCCAUUGCCGAAGAAGAAUCAUCCACCACCACCUACUCGACAUCAACAUCACCUGGUAAACCGAACUUUUUGAACCUCAAAGAAUUGAUUCUGAAACGGAAUCAAUUGUCGAAUCAAAGAAAAAGUUCAGAUUCAACGACACCCGUCAUAAGCUCCACUGUAACAACAGCGAAACCCACUACCUCCACCACAACAACUACUACUACAACAACAUUGGCUCCCAUUACAACAACCACACCAAAAGCAUCCACCGUUACCACCAAACGCAUCAAAUAUCACCCAAGCAAUAGUAAACCCCCUACCAUGCUGGACGAUUCCAAUCUAUUCCCCUCCCACUCGAAAUGGGAAUUUGUCAACAGCUCAGCUGCCAAUCAUUUUGGCCACACGGGCAAUAUGCGCAAGGUAUUCAAUACCACCCUACAAGCGUGGGUGUCCGAAGAUGUAGAGAAGACGGAGAAAACUGAAUCGGAGACCUUGGAUGACAUCAAGACAAAAAUCAAUAAUGCCAGUAAUAUUCAAGAUAUCUCCUUUAUAUUCGAUACCCUGGCUUCGAAAUUGGGAAUAACAACGAGUCUGCCCACCAAGGAGCCACCAUUUUCCCACAACAAAUUGAAACAGUCACAGAAGAAUGAAUCGAGAACUAAGGCCACCACUACCACAACCAUGAGGACAACACCCACAACAAGUACCACAAUACCGACAACAACUACAACCACAUCCAAGCGACCCAUCACCACAACUCCUCCCGUUUUGAGUGUGGCCUCUGAAGAAGAUGAUCUGCUGGCUUUGGAGAUGAGAAGAGAACCGUUUAUAAAACCAAUGUCUAGCUUCAUUGAUGAUACUUCGGCCGAAGGUGUGGGAGCGGCCAUCCCUGUUGUUGGCGAGGCCGAGGUCGAAGUAAUCGAUCCCACCAAAUACGAAGAAAUGUUAAAGUCCUCACAUUUUGCUGACGCCACAACCACGGAGACGACACCCAAACUGGUGACAUUGCUACCAGUCAGAUCGAAUUCUGGCAUUCGCACCUACAGACCUCUGGUGGACACCGGUAGAAGUUCAUCGUCAUCGUCGUCGCCUAAUGAGUCCACUCAGGCCACAAAUGCAAAUCCGACAACAACAACCAAAAAACUUCCUACAUCUAGACCGAGUAUUACACGUCGGAAAAAUGUCAAUCAAAGUCGGAGAUUUCCACCUGCCGAGGCGGUAAUUCGAGGUGGCCUAAAGGUCACUGUUAAGUAGAGCAAUUCCAACCCUCACAAGACUAUUUUUAAGCAGCUUUUUCUCAUCACAUAUAUUUUUCGAAACUCUUUCAUGACAACCUUUUUCGAUUUCGAAAGAAGGUUUGGCGAUCAACCCCCACGUAGAUUAGGCCGAGAUUAGUAUUGAAUAUUGACGAACAACGACUUGUUCUGGUGUUCUGGAGGUUGGCGACCGCUGUACAAAUACCAGAAUGACUUGAAGUACGAGCAAUCAACACAACUAGUUGUAAUUUAUUUAUAAGGCAAUAUUUAAAAACAAACACUAUUUUUAAAUUUUAAAUUUUUUAGGUUAGGUUUCUUAAUUCUAUUCCAUUCCAAAUUUUCAUAUUGUUAAUUGUAUCUAAAAAAGACGAAGAUGUGUCUAAAUAUUUUGUAAUUAUUUCUAUUUCAAGAUUGCACCUAAACACUUAAUGUAAAUUUGUAUAAACAAUGAUUUAUUAUAAUAAAUUUAUAUAUUUUUUAAAAAUA